AUGUAUGUUACAACAUUUGAAUACUACUUUCUUCUCUUGUUGGUACUUGUACCUGUACACUUAUUCUUUAAGCUUUGGUCUUGGCUAGGCUGGGAAUUAUUUAUCAAUAAUUAAUGUUGUAGAAGAUCCAAAUAAAUAAUAAAGCUAUAAUGAUUGCUCUUUUCUAUAUAUUAUUCUAAUAUUACCCUUAAGUUCUGACCUUCGUAUCCAGAGCCCUAUCACCAAUAAUGAUGGUUGUAUAUUUUUUUUUACUUUUAUUGUAAAAAGUAUUUCCUAAUUGUGUCUAUGUUAUAGUUUGUAUGUAUGAUUUGCAUUGAUGAUAUGUUACCU